UUCAGUAUAAACGGGAGCGCGCGCCCGCCUCGCGUCAUUCGAGUUCUGUCUUGCGCCGCGAACGGACGCAUUUCUCGCGACAUCUCUGCUACCGCGUGCGCACGCAGGAUGGGGCGCGCGGGCGCUCUGCUGCUGGCGCUGGCGGUGGUGCUCGCCGCCGAGUGGGCGCACGCCUCUUACAUUGACCCAGGAGACCAAGACUUGGAAGCUAACCUGGCAGAAUACGAAGACCCGGCCGAUCUGCAGAUGCUACAGGACGUUGGCAAACGUUCGUCGCUGAUCUACGUUUUCAGGCGCGCGUGCAUCCGCCGCGGGGGCAACUGCGACCACCGGCCCGGCGACUGCUGCCACUCCUCGUCCUGCCGCUGCAACCUCUGGGGCUCCAACUGUCGCUGCCAGCGCAUGGGCCUCUUCCAGAAGUGGGGCUAGAGCGAGACGACAUGUGGCGCGCCGACCCGCUCCCACCAGCCGACCGGGCCGCCACGCCACCACCACACAACAACCACGCGACAACACGGACCUUUCAUUUCAUUAGCAAUGCUUUUUCUAACAUGUUCGAGCGAAACAGGGACCUAGACUUUAUUAGUUGGAUAUUUUUGGAAUUGUUUACAAUUUAGACGACGAAAUUCUGUUCGGUUUUCCGUUCGUUACGACUUCCCGUUUCUUUUUCUGAUUAGGCCGGGUGUCCGCUUACGUGGUUGGGCAAUCACCCAGCCUUAUUGCCCAAUCAGUACGCCUCGACGCUAUACUCGGCCAAUCAGACGCCCGCAACUGCCGCCGCCGGUGACGAGCUCUUGGCCAAUCGUUUUGUUUAACUCUUUUGUUUCGACCAAUGAGCGCGUCGCCGCCUGCGCAGUUCGUUCUAUCGCAAGUAUGUAUGUAGAGAUAAGUAAAUUAAAGUAGAGAAAUAAAAUCUGUAGCAUCUAACAAAAUUGGUGGUAAACUUAUGUCGUUAGGAAGUAGAACAAUACAAAAUAGACAAAAAAAACUUAAAUGUAACUUUAAACCUAAAUGUUCUAGUCGAUUAAGGGAUAUGAUCUAAAGAAAAACUUGGUGAAAGACGCUAUUGUAAGCCUUUGUAAGAAGUCGCUUGUACUUGCGAUUGGCAACUUAGAUUAAAAUGGAAUAUUAAUGUUCUUAACAUAAAGCAUACUAAUAUAACAAGCAUUUAAUGUACUACUACAUAUAACUCUUGGACAGGAGGUAUAUUGGUAUUGCAGCCUCGUAGAUCUCUGUACGUAGCUUCUUAUAAUACCUGUGCGUUCCUCUUGCGGAAUCAUAUUUGUAUUAUUAUAAUGGAAUAUGAGAAAACGGUAAAUUAUAUUAAUAAAUGUUUAUGGACAAAA